AUGGCGGCCAAUUCCAGCGCACUUGAAACUGUUGAUGCGGAUUAUAAAUCGAGAAGUAUACUCGACUUGAUCGGGUUGAAGGGGAAAGUGACGGUUGUGACAGGAGCUGCUCGUGGAAUCGGCCUAGCUUUGGCCAGAGGAGCGGCUGAGUUGGGUAGUGAUGUCGCCAUAUUGGAUACUCUUCCUGAGCCUAGCGAGGACAUAAAAAGCUGGGAGCAACUCGGCGUUCAUAUAAAAUAUUAUAGGACCGAUGUGACCCAGCUCGAUAAGUUGACCGAAGUUUUCAGUAAUAUUAGAGCCGAUUUUGGACAUAUUGAUAAUUGCAUCACUGCAGCAGGGGUAGUUCUGGACAAACCAUUCCACGACCACGAAUGGAAUGAAAGCGCGAAGGUGUUGAAUGUCAAUGUCAUGGGAACGUUUUUCUGCGCACAACUAGCUUCGAAAGCCAUGAAAGAACAGAAAAAAGGAGGUAGUAUCGUUAUGAUUGCCUCAAACGCAGCAAAUGUCGCUAUUCCAUCUCGCAAUAUGUCAAUUUACACAGCCUCAAAAGGCGCAAUUCAAUCUUUGACCAAGGCAUUGGCUGUGGAACUGGCAGAAUAUGGAAUAAGAGUCAAUUCCGUUUCGCCUGGCUUCAUUGCAACGGAGAUGAUCAUGGAGGCAUGCAGGAAGGAUUCAGACCUUUGGAAUGUUUUCAAUUCCAAACCUCCACUUGGGCGUGUGGGUACACGGGGCGACUUGAAAGGCAUCGUUGGCUAUUUAUUGAGCGAUGCGGCGGCUUAUACUACGGGGACCGAUGUCGUGGUGGAUGGUGGACUUGCUUGUGGCCACAAUUAG